CACUGUCACCACGAGUGAAAGAAACGAAAUAAAAGAAUUUUUUUGUUGCACAUGCAAAUAAAAUAAUUAAGACCUUGUGCAAGUGGUACAAAUUGUGUGCUCUAUAUUUUAUAAUUGUGCGUGUGCGGGUGGCGCGUGCAGAGAGUAACAGUGUUAAUUAAACCAGCAGUCGACGCGACAGGAAAGCCUAGUGGAAAAGUUGCUUGCAGAAUUCGUCGUGUCAUUUGGAAAAAAGAGUGCCGCGGCAAGUGAAUCUGAAGCACGAAUUAUUCAUUGGCAGCAGCCACCCGCCGCACUGUCGUGGGGCCGCCCGCACGCAAAAAAACAUGAAAGAUUUGCCAUACAAUUGAAUUACCAUUGGCGAACCAUUACAGUAAAAACUUCAAUGUUUGGCGUUUGUCGUGUUCAUGUGCUGUGCAUAUCCUGAGAUACGUCCAGAAACGCCAAACCAAAUCCGAUUGCACCGACAGUCGUCAUCAUUGCCAACUGCGUUGCCAGUGUAACGCAGUCGUUCCAAUUAUGGCGCAGCAAACGCAGCAGCCGGUUGCACAGCAGCAGCAGCAACAACAACAGCAGCAGCAGCAGCAACCGCCACCAGCGGCGACACCAGUGUCCACACCAACGACGCCACAGCCGCCGCCCAUUAACAACAACAACAACGGCAUUGUGUCGUCAUCUAACAGUAAUAAUAACAACAAUGGCAAUGGCAACGCAGUGAAUGCUGUGCCCACAAUAUACAAUCAGCAGCCUCAGGCUCUGUACAUGUCCACUGCCCAUGGAGCAGCGCAUCAUCCGCACAUGCCACAUCAUCCGCUCCAUCCCUCUGCGAUGCUGCCGGCCCCCAACAACGUCUUUGUGAACAAUGUGACCGCCCAUGUGAAUCUCCAUAACUGGCCGCAGACCGCCUACAUGCCAGGCGGAGGUGCUCCGACCCAUUAUGUGAGUGCCCAUGGCGACUUGCCACCGGAGCAGGGCAAUCCGCUAAUACCACAACUAGCGCCAAUGCCACACCAUCAAGGCAAUCCGAAUGGCCACAUUUCAUCCGGUAUGGGCGGACGCAAUCGUGGACGUGGCCGCGUACGCGGCGGUGGCGGUGGCCAACGUCGCGGCGACUACCACGGACAACGCCACAUGCAACAGCAACUGCAGCUGCCGCCGCAGCAGCCACAGCAACUGCAGCCGGACGGCACCAGCCCGGCACCAAACGCCAUGCAACUGCAACCGGACCAGAUGGUGCCGCAGCAACCGCCGGAGGCACAGCUACAGCCAGUGUCCUAUUACGCUCCGCAUCCGUACGCUGCAUAUGGAGGCUAUCAGGGCACCUACUUUGCGCCGCAUCACGGCCCCAUACAAGCGCCGCCAACUGCGACAGGCGCUCCACAUCCGGCCACUGGCAUGCCCUUGUAUAUAUCUCAUAUACCGCUCUACAAUGGCGCACCCAUGUACAACUACAUGGGCGGCUGUUUCUACCAGCCACUUAUGCAGCCGUCUGAAUAUCAAUACUUGCCCGACGAUGGUGGGCAGCCGCAGGGCGGCGUAGUUGAUGACCGCCAGGUUUGGCAUCCAACACAUAUGUAUGCUGAAGAUUACCAGGAGAUGGCGCAUGCGAAUGGCGAUGAGCUCAACCACAACAGCUCCACGUUGACCUCCCCGGAAACGUCGAGCAUGCUGAGCCCCAACUAUCCCAUCUACGAUACUCAGCAAAUACACGAGAUGCAACAGCAGAUGGGCGUUAUGCAGAUCUAUGAAGAUGGACAGCUGGCUCCUAUUCAGGCCAUGCAUCCCAUUGCCGCUCCAGUGCCACAGUAUGAUGACGAGCUAUCCGAAUGUGGAGCUGCGCCUAUUGCUGGCAUGCCCGCUGCUUGGACAUUGCCAGCAGAUGCUCCGCCUCAGCCCAUGCUGGUUCAGGCCGUUCCCUCACAUCAUAUCAUUCAGCCACAACCUCAGCCAACAAUUUGCAUCGAACAACAGCCACAACAGCAACAGCAACUGCCUGUCCAACCACCUCAAGCGGAGACGCCCACCCCACCAGCCCCACAGGAAGCGCUGGUUAAUAAAACGCUGCUCACCAACAAUAACAACAACAACAACAAUAACAGUAAGAGCUACAACGAGCUGACUUUGGAGGAGACACCGAUUGGCAGCAACGAGAAGCCUCAGAAACUUGAGCUGGACUACCAACAGCAAAAGGUGGAUAAGCAUCAGCAGGCAUCUAACCUGGUUGUAUCCAUCGCCACCGUAGCACCGCAACAGCACCAGCAGCAGCAUCAGCAACAGCAGCAGCAGCAGCAACAGCGUAAGCCACCUCAGCAGCAGUACAACAGCUCGCAGCAGCAAGUGCGUCGCAAGUACUCCUCCGAGUACAACCACCAGCAGAAUCACCACCACCAUCAGGGCAGCAGCGACACUGCCAUACAAACCACCAAGACGAUGUCGUGGACAAACUCCGCCCAGCACAAGAAGUCCACGCAGUCGGUGGCGGUCACAGCUUCUCCCAACACUGUAAACAAUGGGGCAACUUCCAGCAACGUUGGCGGCGGCAUCUACAGUCAUCCCACCAAGACCUACACAAACCAGCAGCAUUACCAGCAACAGCAGCAGCACUAUCAGGGCAACUACAGCAGCAACAACAGCAGCAACAACAGCAGCAGCAGCAGCACUAGCAACAACAACAGUCAGCCACAGGUGCGCACAUAUGGCACGAUGAAGGUGCCCUCAUCGCCUGUUGCAAGCUCGGCUCCAUCGCUGGAACGCAAGAUUAGUGGGCAGCAACAGCAGCAGUCACAACAGCAACAGCAACAGCUGGGCAACAGCAAUUCAACAACAACAGCAACUACCUCAACGGCUAGCAUCACUGCGACGCCGCAACAGUUUCAGCAACAGACGUCCACUGAAAGUCUGUCCAACAGCACAAACAAUGCAACGGUACCGCCGCAGCAACAACAACAGCCACAGCAGCAACAUGGCCAAUAUGCUCCAGCUGCCAAAGCCCAUGCGAGCUAUGGAGUCAAGUCAAGAAACAUCACUCAAAACUCGAGCACAGACGCCUCCUUCAGUGCAGCUGCAACUGCUGCAGCUGUGCAACCGGCGCUGAACUUGGCGCCACCCGCACCGCCUGCUUCGCAGAGCGCCAGCAGCGCGGACAGCGGCCAGCCCUCUUGGGCCAGUCUCUUCUCCAGCAAGAAGCCCGUGGCCAAGGUGGCGCCCUACGAGGGCAACAAGUCCCAGCAGCAACAGCAACAACAGCAGCAACCACAGCCGCAGCAGUCGUCGCAGAUGCCAGUGGUGCCACCACAGUCACAAGCAGCACCACCGCAAUUGCCUGCGCCACAACAGCAAGUGGCCUUUGCGUCGCCUUCGCAGAACCUGCCCAACGUUCAUCAUCAGUUGCAGUCGCCAACGCCGGUGCCGGCGCCAACUGGCCCGCUUAUCACACCGGGCGCACUCUCCUAUUCGGCGGCCUCGGCACAGGCUGUGCCGGCCCCUGUGGCCCCACCCGCCUCGGCAGCUGUGAAGCCGCUGAAAGGGGAGCCGUCGCGCGCCGCCCAGCUCGACGAGUGGACCAACAAAUACGCCGACUUCUUGAUACGUUACAAAACCAACCUGACGCCCAUUAGCCUGCGGCCGCGCGGCCUGACUAACCGAUCCAAUUACUGCUACAUUAACUCGAUACUGCAGGCGCUGCUCGGCUGUUCGCCCUUCUACAAUCUGCUGCGCUCCAUACCCAAGCAGGCGGCGGUGAUGAGCGAGGUCAAGACUCCCACAGUGAAUGCCAUGAUGUCGUAUAUGAGCAACUUUUCGUCGCUGCCGAGCGGCACUCGCCUGCGCCUGAACAACAAAGCAGCUCAGAUCAAGGGCAAGGAUGAAUUUGCCGGAGUUGAUCUGCAGUGCGAUUUGGCGUUUGAGCCCACGGAAAUCUACAAGCUGUGGAACGACAGCCGCGAGGAGCACGUGGAGGGCAGACAGGAGGAUGCUGAGGAGUUCUUGGGCUACGUUCUCAACAAGCUGAACGAUGAGAUGCUCGAGAUUAUCAAGCUGAUUGCCAAGCCAAAUGCCCAACAGAAUGGUGUGGAGCAAGAACAGGAGAUCGAGGAUGGAGGCGACGAUUGGCAGAUGAUCUGCAACAAUCGCAACAAGGGCAGCAUUACGCGUCAAACUGAUUUCGGACGCACUCCGCUGAGCGAUAUCUUCCGGGGUGAAUUACGUUCGCGACUUCAGCGUGAGGGCGAGCACUCCACAGAUGUUAUACAGCCCUUCUUUACGCUCCAAUUGAACAUUGAGAAAGCGGCGUCGGUGAAGGAGGCUCUGGAGAUACUCGUGGGUCGCGAUCAGCUGGAGGGCGUCACUGGUAGCAAGAGCAAACAAGAGGUGGUCGCCUGGCAGCAAAUGACGGUGGAAAAGUUGCCCAUCGUUUUGAUAUUGCAUUUAAAAUACUUUGACUACAGAUCCGAUGGCUGCACAAAAAUACUGAAGAAGGUCGAGUUCCCUGUGGAGCUCAAAAUCGAUGCCAAAAUACUCGGCUCGAAAAAGACGUCGCAGAAGCAGCGCACCUAUCGUCUGUUUGCGGUGGUCUAUCACGAUGGUAAAGAGGCCUCGAAGGGCCAUUACAUAACGGAUGUGUUUCAUACCGGCUAUAACAACUGGCUGCGCUACGAUGACAGCUCGGUGAAGCCGAUCGGCGAGAAGCAAGUGCUGCAACCGCACACGCCGCGUGUGCCUUAUCUACUCUACUAUCGGCGCUUCGAUACCCUGCCGCAGGUGCAGGCUAGCAAUGGCGGUGGUGCCGGCAAUACAGUAGGCACCACCAACUCCCACGCACAUGCCCAUGCCCAUGCCUCCGCCAACCCCGCGUCCAGCACAGCAGCUGCUAACUCAGCGAAUAAUAAAUGAAACUAAGUUGUCAAAAUAAUGGCAUGCUCGGUCUAAGGGCUUGUCAGAGUUGGGUUUUUAAUGCAUAUACAAACAAUUGAACGGUUAUAUUAUAUUUAAAUGCCUAUGUUUAAGCCCAAAGUCCAAAGCGCAUGUAUGUCUGAAUGGUAGUUGUUUUGUGUGGUGAAUGCGUGUGUGUGUGCGUGCGUGUGUGUCGUCUAAACUUAAUAAAUAAUCACAACUCUUAGUUGGUAAGCUUUAGCCGUAAUCCUAAGUUGAUAACAGUUUAGUUGUGCAACAAAGCAAAACAAAAAGCCAACAGCAAGUCGUUGAGUCGAGAUCUUUGUACAAAACGUAGCGCUUGGGAUGGCUAAACGAAACAGCGAGCAAAUUAUAUACAUAUAGACUAUAUAGUAAGUUUCUUAGAUUCAAACCAGCCAAUAUCUGUAAAUCCUGUGUGCCCCUCAAUCCUAUCUACAUGGCACAAAACUCAGAUGCGUGCAUACGUAGUUGUAGACCUCUUCAAUAUGACAAACAUUUAGAGCUCUAUAUGUACAUAGAUUCGUAGUAUACAUAUAUGAUAUGAUAUAUUAUAUACACAUUAAGAUGUAGAAUUUACUUGCAGUAAUUGUUUAUAGCAUGCAGCAUGCAUUUAGGCGACAGAGAAUACAAUCAGCCGUGCAUCAGGUCAAAAACAAUAAUCUUAUAUUGAAAUGCUUUGAAUAUGCUUUAAAACCAACAAACAAAAACAAA